CAGCUUCCCCCGUCAACACAAACACAAUGAGCCUGUAAUGAGCGUCUCGGAGCCGUUUGCAGCAUCUUCUCACGACCACUGAAGCUGUGAAUGGAUUUAAUGAUGAUGAAAAAGAAGAAAUUCAAGUUCAAGGUGGAUUUUGAGCUGGACGAGCUGUCGUCGGUGCCGUUUGUGAACGGCGUUCUCUUCUGUAAAGUCAGACUGUUGGACGGAGGUUUCUCCGAAGAGUCCUCUCGGGAGUCGGUGCAGGCCAACUGUGUCCGCUGGAGGAAGAGGUUCUCUUUCCCCUGUAAGAUGAGCGCCAACGCAGGAACGGGUGUACUGGACCCGUGCGUGUGUCGCGUGUCUGUCAGAAAGGAGCUGAAGGGCGGAAAGGCAUACGCGAAGAUCGGUUUUGCAGAUCUGAAUUUGGCUGAGUUUGCCGGCUCAGGGAAUACAACCCGUAGAUGUCUGCUGGAAGGCUACGAUACCAAAAAUACUCGUCAAGAUAACUCCAUUCUCAAGGUUAUCAUCAGUACGCAGCUCAUGUCAGGGGACCCCUGUUUUAAAACGCCUCCUUCCACAGCCACAGUAAUCGGGCUCCAGAGUGAUGGAGAGAGUCUGCUGGAGGAGAGGAGAGGAGGUGACUCAUAUAAAACCGGUGUUGAGAGUCGAGACGGCAAGAGUGCAGUUGGUCCAGAUGAGUUUGGGGGUUGCGGUCAUUCACGAACAUCCAGCUAUGCUAGCCAACAGUCUAAACUGUCAGGAUACAGCACAAGUCACUCCCGUUCCUCUAGCAUGUCAGAGUUCAGUCACCGUAGAAACCAGUCAGUGGGUAGUGCAUCAACGGGCAUUGGCAGCAUCCCAGAGCCCAGCGAAGAAAGAGAAAGCAGACCCUGCCCCGCUCUACCUGAACACCCAGUCCCCAACAGCACCGCCACCAAUCCAGCUGGCACACCGGUCCAAAGCGCAUCAUCCUGUGAACGACUCAACAGACACCCUGUGAAGCAGGACUCAAUCGAAUCCCAGCUAAAGAGAAUGGAUGAUACACGGGUGGAUGCUGAUGAUGUUGUAGAAAAGAUUCUCCAGAGUCAAGAUUUUACACCAAGCCUGCUGGACUCUAGUGCUGAAGAGGAGGGUUUGCGUUUGUUUGUGGGUCCUGGAGGAAGUACAGCUCUCGGAAGUCAUCACCUUCCCACCAGGGUUGGUGCCGGAGCCUAUGAGCAAGUGGUGAUAAAACGUUAAGACUGACGAACUGAUCAUUCAGACCUCACAAAAGUGGAAAACAAGGGUGGGUCUGUUUCAAUAUUCAUUCCUGCAGGAAGUUACUCUGAUCAGAACAUCACACAACGGUGCCCUCGUGUGUUCAUAGCUGUCACAUCUCUCCAGCUCCCUGCAAGUCAUAGAGUUUAUCAUCUCAGUAAAUCUAAUGCUACAUAUUAGGUUAAAUUUGUUCGAUGUGAAAAUGGCCACUACUUAUUUUAUUUGUGGGCAUCGGUCACCAUACUGCAUCAACACCGACCAGUUUCAAACUGUUAGGGACAAGAAACAAACUGAGCCUGAAGUGGAAUCUUGGACACAUUUUCAAUACAUUCCUUUUGUCUUCUGGUAGUUUGGUUUGGUUAGAUUUUAACUUUGUUAAAAUGUUCACCGAUGAAUAGCAGUUGUCAGCAGCCUGACCAACAGAUUGUGUUGAAGACUGUGAUGAGCUGAGACCACUUUUGUGUCAUCUUGAAUGACUGGAGAUGUAGACUGUAAAUUACGCUAUUUUGGUAUUUUAAUCAGGGCUUUGAACUAGAAUUUUUCAACCAACUGGUUAAUUCUAAACAGAAACUGUAUUUUAAUGUUGCUGGUUUUGGGUUCCACCCCAAAACUGACAUUCCCGAACCGAUUAGGACAAAAAAUAUAUAUAUAUAUUGUUCCCGAAUUGGUUGACAACAUUCCAUGUCAGCUAUGGGUCACUGAAAAUACUGUACAUGUCAGACCGGUAUGUAGCGCUGUAAUGCUCCCAUGAAAAACAGAGAAGGCAAGAGCGUACUGUAGCAGGCAGUACAAGUUAGAACUUUUCAAAACGAGAUAUUGAGUAAAAUGAAAGAGCAUCCGUGCUCAUUACUUGAAAUAGACUUGUGUAUUUAAAGGUGAAGCAGUGCGUUUCUUGUAUUUUAAAAAGACAUGGCACUGUGUUGCUCUCAAUGUCACAGAGAAGCCUGUGGUACCACAAUAAUGGACUGAGCACUAAUCACUUCUGCCCAUUGAUUUGGCUCAGCAGAGAAAAAAAAAAAAAAAAAAAAAAACUAGUCCUCACAUGACCAUAACCAUAAGGAGGCUGCGC